GUUACUUACUGGCAGGUGAGAAGAUUCAGGUGUGCUCAGUUCAAGCACAGAGGAUACAAAGCAACGAGCUGUUGCAGUGAUUUUUGGUCAACAGCUAUCCUCUAGCAUAGUUUUUGUGGGGGAUUCUCUACAGUGCCUGAGCAUGCAGGGCCAUUGGGUUGUGCUAGCUCUUUGCUGGCUGGGGCAGCUGUGUGUGGCUCAGAAUUUGAGGCCUCAGAUUGCAAACCCCAAACUUGCUACAAAUAAUCCUACCCUUACUACAAUUGCUCUAGAGAAACCUUUCUGUGUGUUUGAUGAUUCACUGUCUCCAGGUAGCUCCUAUGUGGUCUACUUGUAUGCAAUGGCUGACUCUGCAAGCACUGUAAACUCAGCUGUGACUGACAACAGCAGCAAACCUCUCAACACCACUUUCCAAGACACCAACGGAGGACAACUUGGACCUUACAGGGCUGCAUUGUUUAAUGUGCCCAAUUGUGCAUCGCCCCCCCUGCUGGCUGAUGUUGUAAAUGUGAAAAAAGUUUCAAAUGUCUUGAAACAAUACCUCUUCAGAGUGGGAGACGAUGUGACUUGUUUAUAUGACCCAAACUUCCCUGGUGCCUGUAACCCUCCUCUUGCCGAUGAUACAACCUACAGGUUUAAGUACCUCUUAGUAGAUGUGGUUGCAGGUGUUGUGAAAGACCAAACUCUCUGGUCUGAUCCAAUGAAAACCAGUAGGGUAAAACAGGCUUCAACAAUUGAUACCUGGCCUGGGCGAAGGAGUGGAGGAAUGAUUGUCAUCACCUCAAUCUUAAGCACUCUUAUGUUCCUUCUAGUUGUUGGAUUUCUUGCCUCCAUAUUCUUCUUUGUCAUGGCAGAAGGAGAGGCAUCCACAGAGACCACACAUGAGUCUCAGACUACCCAGCAGGGUGUAUCAAGAUCUCAGGGUAGCUCUGAGGGAGUGAACCAGUGAGCCUUGAGGGAAAGAAGAGUCCAUAUCCUGGCUGAACUUCAACUGAACAGCUACAAAUGUACUGAUAUUAAAGAAUUGCCCUUUUCUACUGAACGCUGAAUAGGUCACAUUGAUUAGAUACUCAAGUUCAGUAACUGAAGCUGAAUGGCACAGGUGUUCUAUACAUAGUGUUCUGUCAACUCCUACAGCGCAGC